AUGAUUAUGUUGAUGAUGAUGAUGGGCUUGCAUGGUAGAGUUAGUGAAUCAGUAAGGACUAAGUGUGAGAAAGACGAUGUAAAAGUGUAUUUAAAGAAAUACAGUUACAGGCAAGUGAGUAGAAGGUGGUGUUCAGGGACUCGAGCAAUUUGUCGAUGUGGUGAUGUUUUAAGUUCGGCUAAACAUUUAUCGUUGGACACAGAUACUUUGUCAUAUUUAUUACAAUUGAAUGACUUGGUAUAUGCUAAUACAGAUAUGGGUAGUGAAAGUGAUGAUUAUGAAGAUGAAGAUGACGAAGAUGCUGCCACUGAAGUCGAAAUGGAAGAUGAGUGUGAUUACAAAAUGAUUGAAGAAGAAGAAGAGGAGGAGGGAGAGGAGGAUUUUGAUGGAUGUUCUUCGGUAAAGAGUAAUGUCUCUACAUCCAACCAUGUUCGCAAACAACAUCAGAUUAAAGAUAAGACAAGAUCGUUAUUUAAAAAGGACAGGCAUAUAUUCUCUGGCAUAUAUGCUAAAAUCAAGAAUGGGAUCUUGAAUAAUUUCAAGACAUAUGGGAGUAGCAUCAGCAGCAAUGGUGGCAGUAUAAGUACAAUUGAAGAAGGAUCAAUAAAUGAUACGGCCACUGCGACAACUCUUCUUGAUAGAAUGAGAUGUUGUUCAAGAGGAAUGAUAAGUACGGGCACAGGCACUACUCCUAGCACCGGUAUAGGACCUGAAAUAUCGUCAUACAGUUACUACCAUACUUUUAGCAGCAGUAGUGGUGAUGUUAGUGGAUAUCGAAUGAAAACAACAUCACCAGCAAUUACAACUGUAUUCUGUCCAUUGACGAGAACACCUCGAUCGAUGUCAUCGACUAAAUUCAGUGAUGAAGACGAUUACUCUUCAAUGAUUAAUCAAGAUGAAAUUGAAAGUAAUGAUAUGAAUCAUCGAUAUGGUAAUAAAAUAUCAUCAACAAAUAUACUAAAAUUACUAAAUCCCAUCUAG